AUGGAAAUCCACUACCCGGACGACCUCCGGCCGCGCCGCCGGUUUACGUUUGAAGUCGACCAAGAGGCCAAGCGUGGCCCCUCGUGGGUCUAUCCGGGCCUUGGCAACGCGACGGGCCGCCUUCACCCGGCGCCCGAAGAGCUCGCGGCCAUCCACCAAGAGAUGCACGCGCCCAAGCACUUUCUGUCCGAGUGGUACUCGACGGGCAUUAGCGGCAACGACGUGCUCUCGAGCUGCCUCUACUCGUCCGGCAUUGUGGCCUCGAAGGCCGGCAAGUUUGCGCCCUUCGCCAACCUCCUCGUCGCCUGUGUCAUGUAUCUCUUCCGCUUCAUUUACGUCGAAGUCGUCUCGGCCAUUCCGCUCAACGGCGGCUCGUACAACACGAUGCUCAACUCGACGUCCAAGCGCGUCGCUGCGCUCACGUCGGCGCUCGCCAUCAUUGCGUACCUCGCCACCGGCGUCGUCUCGGCCGUCUCGGCGUCCGACUACCUCCGCAAGCAGAUCGAAGACCUCAACCACAUUCACUGCGCGACCGGCAUUCUCGGGACCUUCGCGAUCCUGAACGUCCUCGGCAUGUCCGAGUCGGCCAAGGUCGCGCUCACGAUUUUCAUUGCGCACACCAUCACGCUCGCGGGACGUUUCUCCAUUUGGCUCAGCGUCGACGGCUUCAUCGUGCUCUCCGGCUCCGUCUUGACGUCGUACGUCGGCAUCACGGGUCUCGUGCGGCGUCUCGCGUCCGACCGCGUCCUUCCCGAGUUCUUCCUCGCCGAAAACGCGUGGCGUCACACCAACCACUACAUCAUCCUCUCGUACUUUGUCAUCGCGACGAGCCUCGUCUGGAUCCUCGAAGGCAACGUGACCAUGCUCUCGAGCAUCUACUCGUACUCGUUUCUCGGGCUCCUCGUGCUCUUCUCCGUCGGCGCGAUGCUCUUCAAGCUCAAGCGCGGCGACAUGCCGCGCGAGACCAACACCCCUUGGUGGAAGUGCCUCGUCGGGUUCGCCAUGGGUGUCGUCGGCUUCUUUGGCAUCAUGCUCGGCGAUCCGCGCGUCUCGAUUGUGUUUUUACUCUACUUUUUCUCGGUCGCGGGGCUCAUUUUGCUCAUGCUCGAGCGCAUUUUCGUGCUCCGCGCGUGCAUGCUCGUCAUGAAGAGCCUCUGCCCGUCGCAAUGGACGACCACGGAGCGCGUUCUGAUGCCGCCGUUGCUGCCGACAGAUGCGUCGACGCCCAACAACUUUCUCGGGAAGCGCACGAUCGUGCGUGCGAUCAAGACCAUCAACGAGCCGCCCAUCAUCUUCUUCUGCAAGCACCUCUCGCUCACGAUCCUCAACAAGGCGAUUCUGUACGUGCGCCGGAACGAGCACACGGACAACCUCCGCAUCGUCCACGUGUACGCCAAAGGCACCAAGCCACCCUCGGACUUUGAAGACAUUGUCGGCGUCUUCGACUGCAUGUACCCCAAGCUGCGCAUUGACGCGAUUGCGGUCGAAGGCACGUUCGACCCGAUUCUCGUGCAGUGGAUUUCCGAAAACCAGCGCAUUCCGACCAACAUGAUGUUCAUUCGCCAGCCCGACAACGUCGACGCGCACAAGGUGUCGAUGCUCGGUGUGCGCGUCAUCACGGGCUAG